UUUUGGGUUUAUAAAAUAUAAAGCCCCCCCCCACCCUUCUCUCUCUCUCUCUCUCACUCUCUCUCUCUCAUACACCAGAUUUGACCCACCCAUUCCACAUCCCCUCAUACGUGAAUACAGAUAUUAAAAAAGCUUGGCACUUGGGCACCAUUUUCUCAUUCUCUUCAAAACAGAUUUUCGCAUAGGCUUUUGGUAAAAUACAGACCUCUUCAUAUACUCUCUAGCCUCUUUUAGCUGCCUUUUAAUUUAAUAGAGAGAGCCAAAAGACAAAGCAUUCUUUUGUUAUGUGAGGAAACCCAAAAAACAUCUCUUCUCGGGUCUGCAGAACUUCCCCGCAGCAUUUUCAUUUCACAGUCCUUAGAAAGUGGGGCUGGUGGCAAACUGUUAGGCUGUUGGGUCCCUUCCCAUUUUCUUUCCCAUUUUUUUUAUCUUCUUGGCUUUGGUAGAAGAUAUUGUUUUUUGCCUUGUUAUGUGAAGCCCGAUAAACAAUUAUCUGCAAGUAAUGAUGAGAGGUUCUUUGUUUCUUUCAUUUUAUCUUUAAAUCUCCUCCUUCGUUCUCUUCCGCUACUCAAAGAAAUUCCCUGAUACCCAAAAGGAGAAACAACUCCAAAAUAAUUAUAAUCUCCACUCCUUGCUUCUGAGAGAAACCUAUUGCUAUCAUCCAUGUUCUCUCUAAGUUGUUAUUAGCCAGCGAAGAGAAUACAUUUAGUGGAGCAACCACCUUCAAUAUUCAUUGCAGAAUUUCUGUUGCAUCUUGCAAGAAUCUAAGGAGCUAAUCUUUAGUGUCUUCCGCAUUUUCGAAGGUUACUCAACGUUGAAACUUCUGAGAGUUAGAAUUUCAUGCUAUAGAAGUUUCUUUUUACAAGAGUGUCAUUUUUUUUUUUGGUUCUCUCCAUUGAAGAGAGAUGUCUGCAAAAUUCAUCCAUACUUUAUCAGAUGAAAACCCAGAUCUGCAGAAACAGAUUGGAUGUAUGAAUGGAAUUUUUCAACUCUUUGACCGUCACCAUUUCCUCGGUGGUGGCCGCCGUAUCACUGGCCAAAACCACAAGAGACUUCCAGCAGGUCAAAAUGGCAACCAUAGUAUAGAGCCCAAGAGUACAUCUCAGAAGACCACAGAAAAGAAGCACAAGGCCAUCAAAGAGAAACAGAGAGUCUCCACAGAGUCAUCCAGAACCUCGUUUUCAUCCUCCUCCUGUUCAUCUAGUCUCUCAUCAUUAGAAUGCAACAGAGCAUCUCACCUGGAACCAUGUUCAUUCAAUCAAACCAUUGGUCCUGAAACUCGUGUUCGAGAUUUACCUUCACCCAUUUACCAACCAAACGCUUCUUUCCAGUCAAGCCAGCAAUCUCUUGAUCUCAGAGAUGUUGUCAAAGACUCCAUCUACAGAGAAGCCCGUGGCUUAUCAGUCAAAACUGUAAGCAAAGGGGAAUCUGGGGGCCAAACAUUGAAGUACUUUGAUUCCCCAAGACCUCUGCAGCAGCCAAAAUCUGUAAACCCCAAAGUUUCAGGUCUAAAGGGAUCAUUUCAAGUUCUUCACAAGCUUCAGGAAGAACCUCGCAAAUCCAGUGAAGAGAAGCUUGUGUCAUCAACUUCUCGACUGAAGGAUGCUCGACGGUUCUCUUAUGACGGAAGGGAAUCAAGAGACGCAUACAAAUCCGCAAUAAAGCUUAGGGAGUUGCCAAGGCUAUCAUUGGACAGCAGAACAGGAUCCAUGAGGGGUUCCACCACUGAAAUGAAAUCAAGUGAUCCUAUAGGAGAUUUAGAGAGGGGGAAUAGGAACUUCAGCAAUUUCUUAAACCAACAAGAACCUGAAAGCCAUACACGACUGUCUAACGUUGUGGCCAAGUUGAUGGGAUUGGAAGCUCUCCCAGGUUCCAUGUCAGCCAAUGGGAAUCAGACAAGACACAUCAAAACACACCCAGAUGUUGAAAAGAAUCCCUCCCUCGGAGCAUCAAGAUCCACCGAUGAGAACAAGCAAAAUCGAGUUCCUGGCUCCCCAAGAAACCUUCAGAAGGAACCUAUCUCACCUCGGCUGAGAAAUGUUGAUUCAGUUAAGAAGCCUAUCCCAAAUUCAAAGUUUCCAAUAGAAACAGCACCGUGGAGGCAGCCAGAUGGAAGCAGAGGUUCUGAAACACCAACUUUGAAGAGUCGGAUAACUCCACCAAAAGCCCCAAACACCUCUCUCUCUGUUUAUGGUGAAAUAGAGAAAAAGUUGGCACAACUGGAGUUUAAAAGGUCUGGAACUGAUCUCAGAGCUCUUAAACAAAUACUCGAAGCAAUGCAGAAGACAACAGAGAUAAUAGAGACCAGAAAUGAAGAUACAAAGUUAGGAACUCAGGCACGCACUAACAGCAAUGUCCAUCAGAAUUCAAAAUUACCAAGUCUGUACAACCUCCAGAGUAAUAGCCCCAUUUCCAACCUUACCAGGGAGACUGGUUCACCAAAGAGUUUUAAAUCUCCAAUAGUGAUUAUGAAACCUGCUAAACUCAUCAAGGCCAGUAAUCCUGCUUCCCCAGUAAGCCCAACUCAAAGUUUUUCAGUUCUGCAUGGACUCCAGACUGCUGACUCUGAAGAUAGCAGAAAGGAAUUAAUUGACAAGCAAACUGCUAAAGAUCUAACUCCCAGGGCCAACCGUCUUAGGGACCGAUCCAAUCUACCAUCUCGUCCAGUGGAUAAAAAUACUGCUGCCAGAUCGACAAAGCUGUCGCAAACUUCAAAAGGGCCUCAGUCCACUACUAGAGAGAACUCAAGUAAGAGCUCGGGAAACUUGAACCUGAGACAGCCACAUAAAAAGACUGGUUUGGAGAAGCAACCUCGUCCCACAACACAAUCAACAGAUUCAAUCAGGAACCAGAGGCAGUCCAGUAGACAGCUUACAGAAGCAGCUUCCCCAGGCAGAAAACUGAGACCAAAAUCUGUAAAUCUGGAGCCAAGUUAUGACGAAUUGAGUGAUAGUGGUAGUUAUGUGAGGGAUUUAAGUCACCAAGGGGACACAAUUUCACUGCAAUCCGAGAGUACAAUUAGCUUAGCCUCACAAAUUGAUGAAGAAGUCUCAAGCAUUGAUAAAUCUAAUAAUAUCAAUAACAACUCUAUCCAGCAAGCUCACCAGAGACGAAAAAAAACAGUAGCAAGAUCAAUGAAAGAUCGAUCAAUUGCAGAACUAGUGGUAGCUUCCUCAGAACAACCAAGUCCAGUGUCUGUUCUUGAUGCAACAUUCUACAGUGAUGACUUGCCAUCUCCCAUUAAGAAGAAACCAAUUGCCUUCAAAGAAGAUGAGAUUGAGUGGAAUUCAGGGGACUUAAAUCACUCUUCCAGCAGCAGCACAAACUCCAGUCUCCACCUUCUUAUCAAUCAUCGGAAAUUGGAGACCGUCCAUCUCUUAAUUCAGAAUCUUACACAGAUGUUAUCUGCUCGGGAGGAACUCAUCAUUGAUGAAAUUACACCCCACUUCAGUAGCCAAAAUCCAGACCAUCAAUACAUUUCAGAAAUCCUAUUAGCAUCAGGUCUCCUUAGAGAUUUUGAAUCUGGUUUUACAGCCAUUCACCUCCGACAAACAGGCUACCCAGUCAACCCUAACUUAUUCCUUGCUCUGGAACAAGCUAAGGCAAAAACCACGCAUUCAAAUGAUGAAGAGAGCGGAACAAAGACUUUCCAGCCAGAACAUCAUAUCAAAAUCCAAAGAAAACUUGUAUUUGAUGUUGUGAAUGAAAUUCUAGCACACAAGUUACGUCUGGAAAGUUCUUCCAAGCAUUGGCACUCACCAAAUAUGCUGGCAGACAAAAGACCAAGAGGACAGCAGCUUUUGGGCGAAUUAUGCUUAGAGGUAGACAGACUGCAAGGGAAUGCCUCUAGCUGCAGCUUAGAUGAUGAGAAUGACAGUUUGAUAAACAUAUUACAGGCAGAUUUGAUGCAUCAAUCAACACAUUGGACGACUUGUAGAAGUGAAAUUCCAUGGCUAGUUCUGGGUGUUGAGCGCUUGAUCUUUAAAGAUCUAAUAAGUGAGGUUGUGACUGGUGAGCCAAUUGGUCUACGAGUGCCAUCUGCUGGGUGUCGCAGGCAACUGUUUUCCAAGUAGUACUUUCAUAGAACUGUUUUGACACAAUAAUUCGGUCUCUUCCUCACCGUAUUCUUCAAAUUUGGAGGACUAUUUUAGUUUUAUCAAUCAUAUAUUGGGUAAAAAUCAAAACAAGCUAUUGAGUAAAGAUUAGUUCUAGCAUGUAUGUGUUCAAGCAACUAUUUAACAAAAAUUCAAAUUCUUAUCAAUACAUGAUAAGUAUCCUUACUUUUCCAGUA